UUCAUUUUCAUUCUCCCCCUUCUUCCUCUUCUUCCUUCUUUCUUUCUCUACUCGACUCAUUUUUAUACUCCUCCAUCUAUUCUUUUACACCAUGGCUAGUCCUGCGCUAGCUGGUUCUUCUGGAUUCACAGGAUCGCUGACAACCACGACGCAAGGAUUAGAAAGUUCAGUACAACGGAAUAACAAAAAUAUGACUUCAGGGGCGCCGACCUUAACCAAAGCAGAGACAGCUCUCUGUGGAUCCACUGCUGGAGUGGUUUCUCGAUUCGUAAUUGCACCUUUAGAUGUAGUUAAGAUUCGUCUUCAGCUGCAAACACAAAGAAAGGAACUUCCCAAGGUUCUUAGAAAAAAUCUUAUUUCAGAUGGAUCAAUAUCAAAUAGGAGCAGGAUAGACAAGCCGUUGAAAUUAACACCAAACAUUGGGGCUUCAAUUGUGGAUGCCCAGCCAAAAUAUAAAGGAAUGAUUUCGGGAUUAUCCAUCAUUGCGCGAGAGGAGGGUAUUCGGGGUCUUUGGAAAGGAAACAUGGCAGCAGAGUAUCUUUAUAUGACGUAUGGAGGCAUUCAGUUCCUUGUUUACCAACAGACAAAGGCAUUACUAUCUAAAACUGCGGAGGCAACCUCCUAUCGACUAGCGGCUUAUCAGUUAAACAACCCAACAACACAUGCAUUUACAACCAUCAUUAAUUCAGCUUCUAUUCAGUCAUUUGUCAGUGGGGCCUCUGCAGGGAUUAUCGCCACCACCUGCACCUAUCCUUUCGAUCUCUUGCGCACCCGGUUUGCUAUCCAGCGCGACGUCAAAACAUAUACCAGUGUUCCCCAAGCAUUUCAACACAUUAUUAAACGAGAUGGCGUGCGAGGCUUUUACAAAGGAAUGUCCCCAGCGCUAGUUCAAGUGAUCCCAUAUAUGGGGAUUAUGUUUGGAUCUUAUGAUACCCUUAAACGGUUGACAUCAUGGUGCAAGCAAAGGUCAUAUGGUUUUGGAUUCACCACAAUGACAGGUUCUUCACCUCCCGGAAAAAGUAUGAAGAUGACACCGACAACAGAUCCCCCGCACAAGCCCUUUGAACAGUUUAUGUUGGGCCUUGAGGAGAUGCUCUGUGGAGGGAUCUCUGGAGUGAUUUCAAAGACGGCUGUGUACCCAUUGGACAUGGUUCGGAAACGACUUCAGAUCCAAGGAUCCGAGCAACAAAGGAUCAAUAUUGAUAUUCUCUCAUCCACAUCCAAUCGUACAUCGACACUGGCAGGAACAGCAUCAGAAAGAGGAGGCGGAGUUCCCCCAAUAAGGGUGACCAAGUCGGAGGUAUUGCCUACGACUAUUUGGAGAUGUAUGGCUCAAAUUAUUCAACAGGAAGGGUACUUGGCCUUGUACAAGGGCCUUUUACCUGGAUUAUUAAAAGCAGCACCUGCUAGUGCUGUAACGUUUUUAGUGUUUUCUCAAAUGGGAAUUCUAGUGGAGAGAAUAAGGAGGCCGACCCCACAGCCACACAACUAAUAAAGUGACACGAGGUAACAUUGGUUUUUGGGGGAGGUCAGUUGGAUCACAAUGUCCAUAUUAGAAUGUCCCUAUUCUUUUAAGCAAGGCUUGUUUUGGACAAAUGAUAAACGAAAAC